AUGUCGCGUCGCGGAGCACCAAAGGGUAGAAAGCCGCCGGGCACGGAAUUCACUUGGGAUGCCGACCCUGGUGGUGAGCCUGACACAGCUCCAACCCCUCUCUACCCUAAAUACACCGUCCCAUUUGCGCGGAAGUUGAGCCCCGCGGAACAAAUCCAGGUAGACUACUAUCGAGGACUACGCGAACGAUUCCAUGACGGUCCAUUUUACUCCGUUCUCGAUGCCUCUUCAUCCAACGCCAAAAAGGGUACUGCUGCGCGUGCCAACUUUGAUCCCUUCCAUGGCAUGCCCACAUACUCCGGCCGUUAUCAGAAGAAGCGCCGCACCCUUCCCAAGAUCACCGGACAGUCAUACUUCUUGAAAUUCUUUCCUCGCGACCUGUGGCCGACGCUCCAGCCCAACUUCCGACCAGACGCCUCACUAGAUGGCUACCAGGCACAGGCAUCAGCCGCUGGCGUGAAGCGCGGCUUUGAGGACGAAGAAGAUGAAGCCGGACCUUCAAAGCGCAAAGCUGACGGCGAUGAUGACGAUGAAAACGAUGGCGACGCAGAGGGUGAUGAGGCCGAUCUGCUUGAAGAGGAUGAAGAGCAAGCAGAGGAUGAAAUGGAUGACGAUUUCUCUGACGAUGACGAUGACAUGGGUGGUGACUACAACGCCGAGCAGUACUUCGACGGCGGAGAUGAUGAGAUGGGCGACGAUGACGGUGGCGGCGGCGGCGACGAAGACUUCUAA